CCGCCAAACACUACGUACCUUUCUCUCUUUUCCCCCUUCCCAAAAGUAGCUCUUUCUAUCCCUCCCACCCCACUCAAAAACCAAUCCCUAAUCUCUCUCUCUCUCUUCCCUCUCUCUGCAUCGAUCUCUUUCUCCACCUCUACCUGUGUAAUUAAUGGAUGCUGCUCAGUGGCCACAGGGAAUUGGAGUUGAAUGCUCAAGAAACUCAGAGAAGAAGCCAAGGCCACAAAAGGAACAGCCUUUGAACUGCCCAAGAUGCAAAUCCACCAACACAAAGUUUUGCUAUUACAACAAUUACAGCCUCUCCCAACCUAGGUACUUUUGUAAGAGCUGCAGAAGGUAUUGGACUGAAGGUGGAACUCUCAGAAAUGUCCCAGUUGGUGGAAGCUCUAGAAAAAACAAAAGAUCUUCUUCUUCUUCUUCUUCUUCUUCAUCUUCCACAAAGAAAUUGGCCCCACCACCUCAAAUUCAAAACCCUAAGAUCCACGAUGGGAAACAAUCUUACCACGAUCCGCCUCUCUACAGUGGAAUUUCUGAGCUAGUGGCUUUGCCAUUCACUCUCCAACCUCAAAACCCUAAUUUGCUCAGCUCAAUCAUUUCUGCUCCGGUUCACAAUUCCAACCCGGUGGUCUCCUCCGGUUUCCCUCUCGAAAACCGGUUUGGGAACUUACAGCAAGCAGUUCAAGGCGAUCCACCGAUCAUUUUCCCGUUUGAAGCGGUUGGAAAUCAAGAAAUUGAGCGUGAUUCGAACGGAUUUUGGACCGGGAUGCUCCCCGGCGGUUCAUGGUGAAACUAUGUACGUAAUUAAUCGUUUACUACUACUACUACUACUAUAUAUUUCAUCUUAAUUAACAAUGUUUAGUCAAGAUAUAGUAAUGUUUACUAGUUUGUGUUGAUGGAUUUAAUUUGUUCUUGAUUGAUUUAAAUGGUGAUGACUGAUGAGUGGUACGAUCAGUAUAGCUGAGAGUACAACUCAUGUUUAUUAUAUAUACUCCAUAUAGGUCGAUC